AUUUAAUCAUUACUGUUUGUCUUUCUUUGUCGAUUUUCAGUUUGGUGACAGAAGAGAUUUUAUAAAUGAACUUUGCUAAGACGACUGUCCUGCUAGUUGUGCUCAUCUGAGUUUGGUGACUUGAGAGACUCUUAAGAUGCUCUUUGUUAAGAUGACCUUCCUGCUGUUCAGCCUCAUCCAAGCAGCAGAUGAGAAGACAAAUCCUCCAAACAACCAAAGCACAUCCAAAAGCAAUGACACCCAUGACUCACCUACUAGACCUGAAGGUAACAAGACGUCUGAUGGCUCAGCAGUAAACACGGCAGGGACCUCAAAGUCAAAUACUACAGACCAACAACACUGGUCUAUGGUGACAGAAAGGACCACCUCACCUGCGGAGUCCGGCCAGAAUGAGACGUCUGGUGACAAAGCCUCAACCCACAAACCUGAGAACUUGAGUUCAUCUCCUUCAAGCAGCCAAACCUUGUCUACUGAGAAAGAAAGUCAGGUCACCUCAGCUGGUAAUUCGGGAACCAACACGAUGUCUGGUGGAGCAGCAGUAAACACGGCAGGGACCUCAAAGUCAACUACUACAGACCAACAACACUGGUCUAUGGUGACAGAAAGGACCACCUCACCUACGGAGCCCGGCAAGAAUGAGACGUCUGGUGACAAAGGUAAACUGUGGCUGCAGCUGCUGCUCUUCCCGGUGUUCGGAGCUCUUGGCUGUGUGGUGUGUGUCACGAUAACUGCCUGCGCUGCGAAUCAUUUCAAGAGGAAACAAAUGAAAUGUGAAGAAAGAAGAGAGAUGCUAGAGAUUAACGGCGAAGAACAGGGUGUCCACACUGAAGAUGCGACUGCCCUCAGCACCGCCAUGGAGGUCGAGGAAAAAAAACAAGAAGUCGACUACGCCGAGAUCGACUACUCCAAGCUUGGCUCCAAAAAAGAGGAAGGUGACAACUGCAAAACUGAAGACGAGACUAAAGCCCAGCCUGAAAACACCUCGGAGUACUCGGAGGUGAAGUUUACGGGUAAAGAGGAGACCCCUGAACCAGCUAAUCAGGCUCUGCCUCCCCCCUUAACUGACAAUCAGGCGAAUGAUCAGCUACCUUUGGUGGACACCAUUAUUGAAGCAUCAGAACAAAACUAACAUCUUAAAGGAGGAGGAGGAGGAGGUGGUCUCGGUGUUAUGGCGUCGUCCAGAAACACCAGCGAGUUUCGUUAUCAUCAGAAUGACAAUCACAAAAGAAACGGCAGUCGAAUUCCUAAGUCCGGUGAUGUUCUCUCUUUGUUUCAGACUGAUGACCAUCUCCUCUCAGGGGGUUCACUGGGUUUAUGAAGGAUUCUCUCAAUGAGCGCCACUUACCAGCAUGGGCCCAGGAAAGAAGAAAAUAGUUUAAUAGAUUUAGUGACCCAAGAAUGUAGAAAAUGAAAGGCACAAUAUUCACGAACAAAACGCAGUCUCGACGUAACCGAACGCGGGUUCAGGUCUCCAGCAGAGUAAACACCAAAUCAAAGGUAACACAUUUUUAUAAAAAGAAUAAGAUUGUUUAGUUAUGGGACUAAAUGAAAAAUACGGGAUGACUAACGCUGACUCCGCGUGUCCCGUUUUCCACUUCUUUGAAAACAACGGGUAUUGUUUCAAAUUGUAAAUGAAGGAAAUCGUUUUUUGUACUUGUCAUUGUUCUAACAGUCGAGAUUAAACGUCGAAAGCCUCCAUUUAAAACACGUCAGAUACAAUAUUUAACUUCCACCCUCUGGUUUUGGGGAAUCCGAGUUUCUUUCAGUUAGUAGUGGAAUCCCUGAUGGGCUCCGAGUCGCCAGACGCUCACACUGCGCCAUUCAGAGUAACAGAGGGAUCUGAAGAAAGUGGAGUCCCCGUUCACACCCAGAUAAACGGAUUUAACGCUCACCCUUAACAGACGCGACAGCCCUAAUGAUAUCCAUUAAUUACAGCUAAACAUCCAGUAUUACGCAGUUAUAACCGUAAUGCCCGCUCUGCCCUAAACUCUUCAUUGCAGCUGCCCAAGUAACAUUAGUGAGGGGGCCUUGUGUUUCUGCCCUCAGUUCAUUUAUAUUUCAACUCAUUUAGAGUUGCCCUGCAUUUCUGUUUUUUGUCUUAUCAGUAAUUAAACUCGUUAAUAAUUAAACUUUCUACAGUGGAAGAGUUCAAGUAUCUCAGGAUCUUCUUGACAAGUGAUGGAAAAAGCGAAAGGGAGAUCGACAAGUGGACUGGAGUGGCAACAUUUGCUGUUCUGUGGGUGGCAUUGUACCAGUCUUUGGUGAGGACAUGGGCACAGAUUCUAAAGACAAAACUCUCAGUUUACGCGUCGAUGUCCAUCCCCGUUGUCACCUACGGUCACGAGCUGUGAGUGAGGACAGGAAAUCUGUGAUCCCAAAGUACGAGUGGCAGCAAUGAGGAUUCUUCACAGGGCUGACACUCCAUGAUAGGGUGGAGAGCCUCAGAGUGGCCCCUCCGGAUCAAGAGGAGUCACUUGAGGUGGUCUGGCGGGUUGUAAGGAUGGCCCCUAGCCCUGGAGAUGCCCACUGGCUGGAGACCCUGUGGUGGGACACCCUGGAGGGAUUCUAUCUCUUGGCCUGAUCUGAGAGCUCCUGGGAGCCCCCCAAGAAAGAGCUGGAGUCUGUAGGCUGGGAUAGGGAAGUCGGGCCUGAACUUAUGUUGCUGUGUUCCUCAAAUCGGGAAAAGCAGUUAAGAAAGUGAGAUGAGAGACGAGGGAUGAGACGUUCACAUUGAAAUAUGGCAGGUGAAGCCCCAUAAGAGUCAGCAGACUCACCUGACAACAGGCUGCUACCAACAAAGAGGAGCGCAAAUGUACUUCAGCUGAAAAUAAAGAUAUUAAAAAUAUAAAAAACAUAUUAAAUAUUAAAAAGUUUUCCCUCAUGUCCGUGUUAUUCCGCCUUGGCCACACCCCUCCACACUGCUCGUCCAAUCGUUACUCGUACUGCGCACGUCUCUCUGUCCGUCUCACCCCUCAGUGCUGUCGGUUAUAAUCGCGAGGCAGGAAAGCAAAUUAUCUACUCAACAACAUCGAAUUUUAGAUCACGAUAGAAAAAACAGCGGCAAGCGCGGACAAUGAACGCCGAAAACACGAAAAUGAACAAAAAAAAAGAUAAAAAUCAAAAAGAAAGAGAAACAGAAAUGUAAACAAAAACAAGACUUACAGAAUGAAAGUUAGAGCAUAAAGUAAUUUAUAGUAUUGCUGUUAAAAUAAUGAACAUUUUAUUUACUUUUUAUUACAUUUUACUUUUCAUUAUGUUUUAUUAUUCGUUGGUAUUUUAAACAGACAGUUGUGUCGCUGAUUUUCUUUCUGUAAUAACUGAGGACCAAACCGCGCCCUUCAUACUCACUUUCUCUAAUGGAUGGGCACCCCGACACAAGAUAGUGGGUACCCAGCGCCCGCCCCAAGGGGAUUGGUGAGUGAGGCGAGCAGGGGGUGGAGCCUCCUCGUAAUAAUAAUAAUAAUAAUAGCUCUGAUUUGUAUGCCUUAUUUAACUAACUCAAUAAUAUCGUCUUGCUGUGUAGAAAAUAAAACGUGUCAUGUCACUCAUGUAUUGGAGCAGAUGGGAAUGCGAUUACGCAGCCACCUCAGACGAGCGGCUCUUUUACACAAUAAACAAAUCCUUUGUAUGGCAAGCUGAGUUAAAAUUUAGAGACAACAUGAAAGAAAUUUCAAAUAUCUCCAAAUGAAGUUUACUUUUGAAGGAAUCUCCAUCUAAAGGUUCAGACGUCUCCAGAGGUGCCCCUUUGAUUUGAAGGCUCAGAUAUCUCAGACACAUCUUCCAGUUUCUGAAAUUCACCUGAAAUUCCUUUUGAGUUUCCUCAAACUGAGCUGAAGUUCAUCUUCUGAUACCUUGAAUCGUAUUUGUGUCAUCUGCAAAGGAAAUCCAGAUACUCUGAAAUAACUUCACGUCUCUCUCUUAAGCUUAUCUUUCAGUUCAUUUGAGACGUUUUAAAGUCGCUUCCUGUGCAUUUUCAGAUGGCUGGAGUGCACCUCAGGGACCUCCAAAUAGCUCCGCACUCACUUCACGCAGGGACACCAGCUGGUGACGAGUGACAUGCCAACGCGGUGGACGGCGGGCCGAUGGGCCGAGGUGACUUCAGCUCAGCAUGGCACACUGGAGUUUGUUCUCCACACCUCCAGAUUUGCUGAUUUUAUAAAUGUUCUUCUAUUCUCGAUAGUUUUAUAGAUUACCAUCAUUUUGUUACUUUAUUACUCUUCCUUUAAACAGCUGUGUGUAUUCCUGUGUUUAUACAUUUAUUAAAUUUGCUUGUUAAAUGUUUAAA